CCCAAUUCAUCGUCACCAAACUUAAAAAGGUCUUUUUUUUUGGUCUAAUCGUCUCAUCUCCAACACGCCUCAUUCAUUCCUUUUGCCACCGAAUCAUUCCACCCCACCCUCCACGAGCAUCAAGCAUCCACAAGAAACCCCUUCGACUCAACAAACACCAUGUCCACCAGAGAUCUUUCCAUCAAGACCAACGUCCUCAAGAGAUUGGCCAAGGAGCGAAUCUUUUAUAACGAGGAAAAGAUGAGGCAGCAGAAGCGCAUUGAUGCUAUGGUGGCCAAGGACCCUGAAGACUAUGAGAUCAAGAAACAGCGCGAGGUGCUUGAAGAGACACUGGAUAUGCUGCCCGAUGUCGAGAGGCGAUCGAAGGCCGCUCAUCAGGAUCUCGCCAAUGUUGUGACAAAAGCCAGCCCUGAUGUCAAGUCGUCCAAGGAAUACGAAGAGGCCGUCCAGGCCUUGGAGACAUACGAAGUGAACUAAUAAGGGCAAUCAAUGUCAAUGCGUUCAAAGAACUUUGAAAUUUGAAUAAAAACACACUCCGAUUCAAAAAAAA